AUGUCGAUUUGGGAAGACCUCUGGGAUGACCCCUCCGACAACCCUGUAACUCUCCACGGCUUCACCGCCGUCCCCGCCUCCGCCUCCGCCCUCCUCACUAGGACUCCCGAAUACCCCGCGCCCACUGCCUCCGCCCCGCCGCUCUCCGUCUCCGAUACCCCAAUUCCCAACACGCCUCUAGCUAAACGAAUCCAGGCAUACGCCCUCGAGCACCUCCCCACUGCGACCUACAACCAUAGCAGUCGCGUCUACCACUUCGGCCUAGCCAUAAAACGCUGGCGAUUUCCCAGCUGGUCGUUCAGCGAUGAGACAUACUUUCUAGCUUGCAUGCUGCAUGAUAUUGGGACGACGGAGGAGAAUCUGCGGAAGACGAGGUUGAGCUUUGAGUUCUAUGGGGGCAUGCUGGCGAUGGAGGUGUUGAGGAAAGCCGGGGGAACUGAGCGGGGGGACAAGGACCUGGUGGCGCCGGUGGAGCAGGUUGAGAGUGUGGUGGAAGCCAUUAUUCGACAUCAAGAUCUUUGCGAGGUCGGGAAUAUUACGGCGGUGGGGCAGUUGUUGCAACUAGCGACGAUUUUCGGACCUCGUCAUCCAUGCACGAUCCAUAAUGUAAAUGUGGCGUUUCCCCGAUUGAAGUGGGCAGAUUGCUUCGCGGCUACCAUUCGACAAGAGAAUAGCUUGAAGCCGUGGGCGCAUACGACGGCGCUGGGGGAAGAUGAGUUUCCGGCUAAAGUGCUGGGCAAUAAACUUAUGGCGAAAUAUGAAUGA